CCAUUUUCCACUCGCAUAUAAAGCAAGUAAAGUAAAAGCAUUUUGUGAUCAUCAUUAUCAUUAUCAUAACCAUAAUAAUGGAUGCAAAGAAGAAGAGCAACAGUUAUGGAAAGAACAAGUUGAGUGACUCUGAUGAUGAUGAUAGCAAAAACUUGGAAGAACCAGAAUUGGAUCUUUCUCUUGAGAAAUUGAACCUUGGACCUAAGAAAAAGUUGCUUAUUUUCAACCUAAAUGGAUUUCUUCUCCACAGAGUUCAUGUUCGUGAUAAGAAUGCAAUUCCCAAAUCUCGAACCCGUGAUUACAAAUAUCGAAACUUUCUCCUUUUUAAGAGGCCAUUUAGUGAAGAAUUUAUGAAAUUCUGCCUUGAAAGAUUUGAAGUUGGACUCUGGUCUUCUGCAAUGGAGCAUAAUAUUGAUGGUGCUUUAGCCUCUGCUAUGGGAGAAUCAAAGAACAAGCUGCUAUUUAUUUGGGAUCAAGAUAAAUGUAGAGAUUCUGGUUUUAAAUCAUUGGAGAACAAUAAGAAGCCUCUUUUUUUCAAAGAACUGAAAAAAGUGUGGGAUACUGUCAAGAAAGGAGGCCCGUAUUCUGCUUCAAAUACUUUGCUGAUUGAUGAUAAACCAUACAAGUCCUUUCUUAAUCUUCCCAAUACAUCAAUUUUUACUAAGUCAUAUGAUCCUGAAGAUAAGGAGGACAAAGAACUAGAUCCAAAUGGUGAACUGUGUAAGUACUUGAAAGGACUAGCUGAAGCUGAAGAUGUUCAGUCAUAUGUGAAGGAAAAUGCUUUUGGUGUACCAGCAAUUACAGAAGAUGAUCCUGAUUGGGGUUUUUACUCACGAGUUCGUUCACGUCUUCGCAAUAUUGAAUGAUAUAUUGAUCGACAAAGUAUAAGGAAAUAUAGUGGUUUGGUUUUCAUGCUGUCUUCAUAGGAUUUGGAGAAAUGAUUUUAUGUUCUAUUGUCUUACUAUUUUCAGUACUUAAUUUGCAAGCACUUAAUGAUUUUACUUAAUGAUUUUCUCUUGAUUGUGGUUGAUGUGAAAAGACUUAUGUAUGGUUGUUUGGAUUGUAUUUCUUUAAUGGUAUAUGGUUUUAUGGAUGA